AUGCAAAACAAUUACGAUCAACUUUUAGAAGAAACCAAAACUAAAAUCCUUGCUAUAGUCGAACUUAAGCCAGAAAACUAAUGGACUUUGGAUACUAACAAGGAUGGCUAUGCAAUUUAUACUAGAAACAAUCCUGAUAAUGGUCUAAAAAUCAAUAGAACAGAAACAAAUGCUGUUGUAAAUCCAGAGGAGUUUAUUAAUUUUGUAAUUGAUAUGACCAAAAAGAAGGAGUAUGAUUCAAAUUUCUAAGAAGUAUUCUUAUAUAUUAAUAUUUAAUAGGGAAGAUUGAUAUCAAAAGUGGAUUAAAACACUUUCAUAUUUUAUGCAAGAGGAAAACCACCAACAUUCUUUGUAGAUGCUAGAGAUUUCUGUAUAUUGACAAGAGUCUACAAAUUAGGUGAAGAUCACUAUAUGACAAUUAGUAUAAAAUUAAAUCUAAUUCAUUAGGUAAAUCAAUUGAGCAUCCUGAAGCCCCAGCAGUCAAGGGAGUUUAAAGAGGAGAGAUUGUAUUCUAAGCUUGGAUUGUAAAAAAGUUACCUAAUGGACAAUCCAAUAUUAUUAUCAUUGGUAAUAUGAAUCCAAAGGGUGAUAUUCCUAAGGCCAUCAUUAAUUAAGGUGCUUAACUAUAAGCAGAAGGAGUUAAGAAAGCUAUUGAGUAUUUGACAAAGAACAAUAAAAAAUGA